CAUUAACAGGUGCCGGUACACGCUGCUAUCAGCACCCAGUUAAUAUUAGACGACCCAAACUCCGCGCCACUGACUAGCCAGUCUAUACCACAGCUAAGAGACAACCGACACGUCUUUAUAUUUCUGUUUCGAUUCUAUUGCAAGAAAAAAACGUUACUUGUGAACAUUACAAUAGCCAUGGUGACUGCAGGAGAAUAUGCUAAUGAAGCACUACUAUUAAGUAAACUCACUCAUAAUGGAGGUGUCUUCAGACGUCAGUACGAUUUUGAGAGGAACCUCGUGGAUACCCCUAGCUGGCAUAUCCACAUGAAACAUUAUUGGCAUUAUUCAAUCUAUACCAGUGUAGUCUACAUUAUACUAAUAUUCAGCAUUCAACGUUAUAUGAGAGAUCGACCUAAAUUUCACCUCCGUGGCCCACUUGUCGCCUGGAAUCUUGUAUUGGCCAUCUUUAGUAUGUGGGGAUCUGUCCGCACCAGUCUGGAUCUGUUCAUCAUUAUCAAGGAAGAUGGGUUUUAUGCAUCCGUGUGUGAUUCCAAGUAUUUCACUCCAUCGGCAGGAUCCGCUAUUUCAUUCUGGGGUGUGCUGUUCGUACUUUCCAAAUAUCCGGAACUGAUAGACACUUUCUUCAUUGUACUGCGAAAACAGAAGUUAAUAUUCUUACACUGGUAUCACCACGCUACCGUGCUCGUGUACUGUUGCCUGUGUCACAGUGAGUAUGCCGCUCCAGCGUACUGGUUUUUAACCAUGAAUUUCACAGUCCAUGCUUUUAUGUACUUGUAUUAUGCAAUCAGGGCAACAGGAUACCGCGUUCCACUUAAGGUGAAUAUCGUGAUCACCAGCUUGCAGAUUACCCAAAUGGUGGUUGGUUGCGGCGUUCUCAUCUACGCUUACGCGAUGAAAACCAAGGGUUACGGAUGCGACGUGAGCGACUUUAACCUUACCUACGGCGGUCUCAUGUACCUCAGUUAUUUUAUUCUCUUCGCUAACUUUUUCUACCAUACAUACUUUGGCAAGGGUACGUAUUCCAUUAAACAAGCCUUGAAGAAAAGAGAAUAAAGACGCUAUAUCUUUGGCAAUCGUACAUCACUUAAUUAUGACAAUUCACUUUCUUUGCUAACCAUCGUUUUUAUUAGGUUAAUGACAUUAUAAUGAGAAAAAAAGUUGCUAUGCGCUCCAUUGACACACGCUCUCCGGCUCCCAAGCGAAGGUAUACAAAGAAGAACUGAUUGGAGUGGGACACGUAUUUGUUUGUGAAAAACUACGUACAGCUAACAACAAGCGACCUAGUGACGGACAUUAUGAAGCUAAAUUUCACUUGUGAACUGUUCACCGUGUUCUAGCUCCAUGUCCUGAUGGGUCUCGAAACAGAGUACACUACUUGUCACGGGGACCAACUCUGGUUGUAUUGUUACAGAUAUGUUAAAUAUGCUAGGCUAACAAUUGUAAACUGUCUUCAAAAAAUGUUGUAAAUAGAACAUAGAUAAUAAAAUGUCACAAUUAGCUAUUCACAGACGUGUUUAUGGGCUUUCACAUAUACGUACAUAUAUUUAGAUGUCAUCCCUUUAUUUUGAAACAAAUGCUUGCAGCGAAUACCAUUCAUGUAUUUCAGAUUGUCCUAUGGAAUUAUGUACCAGAAUACAGUAAAAUACUUUUAUUUCCACUUAGACUUCAUUUUCGCCGAAGAGAUGGUACAGUGAAAAUUAAUUCCAGCUAAUAUAAAGUAUUUUACAGUAACCAAGCCGUGGAUUUAUGGAUGUAAUUUUGGCGAAAACAGUUUUUGGUAGUAUCAAUGUGGAUUCGUGUUUGGGACGUUCUAUAUACUUCAGUGAUGUCCUACUUGUUACGUUGUUUUAGAGGGGAUUUAUCAUCUCGUAGAUACUGCAAAUUAUAUUUUCUCAACCUUAAAAACGGCUGGAAUUAUGUGUGUGUUAUUUAGGCAGUGCAUUUUUUUGUUGAUGGUAUAAUGGAAUAAUUAUAUUAACCCUGACGUUGGCAAUAUUUUACUUCCUGUUAUUUUGAAAUAUUUGUACGUUUCUUGUACAUACAGUCAUACAAUAUGACGUAACCUAUAAUGUACAUAUUCAUGUGAAUGCCCUUAGAGAUAUCACGACUAAGCUCAACUUCCUUCCAAUAUUUGUCUUGAUUCGUCAUUUUGUUCAUGAUAAGAUAUUACAAUUGGCCAAAUGCAGAUAAAGGUCACGGAAACGUCCGAUCCCUGACUGUUACGUGUGGUCGACCCUGGAUACGAGUGACAAAAAUGGCAUGACCACACGGGCGUGACGCAAUGCACACAAUUGUGUCCGAAUGUAUCCAUUGAUACCAUAUGUUUGAAAUUCUGUAACUCAGUAAUUAUGUAUUGUAUAUUCAGUAUUAAAAUAUAUACAUCUUCAGAAAUGCA